AUGGCGGCACCCUUUAGUCAGCACCUGCCAAGAAACCUACUGUGUGGCCCCUUCUCUCACCAUAGUCAGAUUGUUGCAAGAGGACUCCUGGAUAUCUUCUGGGACUUGAGCCACAGUGAUGAGGACAUUCUUGCAGUCCUGGAGGUGGCAGUUCACCUGUCAGAAGAUGCAGAGCCCACUAUGCAGAUGGAGCUGAUGGCACAAAUCCCUCCCAUUGUUGCUUUCUUACAAGAAAGCAGGCCAUAUGUUCCUGUGGUGGUCUCCCAGUACUUCAUGCCUGUUGUAGCCCGGCACCCCGAGGAUCCAGACAACCAGGUCAGAAAAUCCAGCCAGGAAGUGCUACUGGCCCUUCUGGAGAAAGGUCUAAUUUCCCACUGUGACAUCGAAGGCAGAGUGUGUCCCAUUCUGCUGGAUCGAUCUGCUCCUGAGCGUGAUGAUGAAUGCAGAGCGGAGGCUCUGAGCAUUGUCAGUAGAAUGGCAUCCCUACUGACCAAGAACACAGUUGAACGCCUGCUGCUGCCUCGAGUCUGUGAACUGUAUAGUGACAGGAAACUCUUCCAAGUUUGGAAGGUAUGUGCCACACAUUUUGGUGAUAUUUGUCAUCCUGUUGGACAAGAAGCCACUGAGAAAUUUUUGAUCCCGAAGUUUUUUGAGCUCUGGUCAGGUAACAGGUGGCGGAUGCAGAAAGCGUGUGCAGAAUGCUUCAUGGCUGUGUCCCACAACACCUCCCCUGAGGUCCGCAGGGCCCAGCUCUCACCUCUCUUCGUGAGUCUCAUCAGUGAUCCUUGCUGAUGGGUGUGUCAAGCUGCCUUUCAGUCCCUCGGCCCCUUUAUAUCCACGUUUGCAUACCCAUCCCAGGCUGGCCUGUAUAUUCGGGAGGAUGGCACUCUGAGCCAAGAGGUGGAGCUUGACUUUCCUCUGGAUCACCCAGGCCCAGCAGUUGCAAUGCCACCUUAGCCGGGUAUUAUCUGCCCGUACUGAGAGCAACACAACUCAACUCCACCAGUGAACCCGAGAGCAAGCAGACAGAAGGUCUAAAUGGAGAGCCUGUUUCAGAUCCCAGCCCUGCCUCUGACAAUCACAUCCUCCUGUCAGCUUCAUCAUCUCAGAAUGAGCUCUCUGUGGCCAGGAUAUUACAGAGCACAACAUGAAGAAAUGUCCUUUGAUGCGGUGGAUGAAGAUGCUGUCCUCCUUUGGUGUCAGUUGGUAACAUGUCCCAUCAACUCUACCGGAUCCAGCUGAGCCUCAAACCAGUGGCCGUUUGGAGGUGGAGCAGGGGCAGGAGCUACUGCACAUGAGGGGGGAACACCUAAAGUGCAGGAUAUAAUCCCUCAGCCUCUGCUUGCUCAGUUCGUGUCCAUGACUGACUCAGCUAGAGCCCAGGAUAUAGACACUGACAUAGCCAAACCCUGUGCCCACAGCCUUCCUGGGGUGGCCCUGAUCCUCAGCUUGCCGAACCGGCACUGCCUGAAGGGCACAUGUGAAACACUGGCUUCAGAUGCCCAGUUGCUCCCUGAGAACAAGAGGAGAGAACACCUCCACCAGCUGCAGGAGUUUGUGGUCACUGACAGCAACAGGAACUGGAGAGUUCGAUAUGAACUAGCAGGGUAAGAAUCUGUCUGGGGCCAUGGGAGACGACUCAGAAAGAGUGCUUUCCUUUUCUCUUUAUAAUUGACUUCAGAACCAGCAGUGCAGUGCUCUUUUGGAUAAAGAGAUUAUGUUUUUAUUAAGAUAUAAACGAAAUUCCAAAGCUCUGAGUUAUAUAUGUCCCCCUGUCUCUGGGGAGACAUCCAUUUUCACACGAAGACAGGGCUAGAGUCACUCUGGAAUUGAAGUGUUCUGCUGUUCUAUAAGGCAAUUUAUUCGAACCAAAUAAAAGAUGAGUCACCCACUCUUCAAUAUUUUCCUGUGACUCGGAGUGGUUUUGCAAAGCCUUCUUGAACAUUCUGCGUGCUGCCUUCUCUGUGAGCACAUGGUACCUCACGUACUUGAACGUCCGAAGAAUAUUGAGCAGCGUGGAGGUCUGACAAGGUCCCCCCCAGAUGACACAGCUAUUAAGUAAAAAUGCCCCCCAUGCAGCUUCCUUUCAUGCACCAUGGCUGUGUGAAGCACUCUUCAACCCCUAUCUGCCCUCAGUCCAGGGAAUGUUCUAGGCUUCCCUGGUUAUGAAAGAGAACAUGGUUCAUUGUCCCCUUUUCCAGGUGGAGAAUGUGCUUUACGGGUGUGGAGGAUUUUUUUGUGGGGUGCUCCCUUAGGCUUUUGUUGAGGUUCAUUUCUGUACCUUUAGUUUUCAUUUUUUUUCUUAGCGACAACUAGUCAUCUCUCAAAUAAUUAUGUUCCUGAAGAAAUCCAUUAGGCUUUUGCAGCUAUUUAGGAUAUGAUUUGGCCGCUGCCAAACUGGGAGAUUUUUUCUUUGCUGUGAACUUUAAUCAUUAUGCUUAAUUUGGGAGAUUGAGGUUUAGUCAUAUGUCGUGUUCGCAGUACACUCCUGCAUAAACAACUGAGAAAAACUGCCCUGGGCCCGACGAGGAGCCCUGCGCCCCCUGGCGGAGGAAGGGGUCCGGGACCCCUGUGGGCCCGGCCUUAUCUCCCAUCGCCCCACUUAUUGCAGCAGCGGGCCGCGAUAAGGGCAGCGCGCGGCCCGUUAUUGGCCUCAUCCCCCCUCCCCAAACACACACACACAGACGGCGAGACCGAUAUGAAGCCGCUUGCAGCGGCCGGUUUCCUCUCCUCCCUUUUUCAUUUCCUCUGCCCGCGUGCAAAUCACACCAUUCUCCCCCGCCCAAGCCGAGCAAAACAGAAAGAGUGAAGGGAAAAGACCUAGCGAAAAACCGAGGAGGAAAAAGAGCGAGAGAAAAGACUUAGGAAAAAAGAGAGAGAAAGAAAACACUGCCGAGAAAGAGCAAGUGAAAAACAGCUAGCGAAAAGGAGGAGGGGGAAAGACCUGCCGAGAAAAGGGGAGGGGAAAACUCAAGCAAGAAAGAAUGAGGGGAUAAAAAGCCCUUCCGUGGAAGCACGAAGGGAAAAAAGAUCUAGUGAGGAAGCAGGAGGAGGAAGGAAAACAAAACAAAACAAAACAAAACAAAAAACAAAAAAAACCUAGUGAGAAAGAGGGAUGGGAGACCACCUAGCUAGAAAAAGGAGGAAAAAUGAUGCAGUGGGGAACCGGAGAAGGACCUAGCGAAAACUCUAGGACGGAAAAACCUAGCGAGAAAAGGAGGGAAGGUGAAAAGGCGAGCCCGGCGGCGAGGCUGGGAAAAGCGCGCGAGCGAGCGCUGGGCGGGAAUGCAAACGGACUGAAAAGAGCGGGCGAAAACGAGCUAGGGAGAAGCGAGCAAGAAAAAAAGAACGAAAGGGAAAGAGCGAUGCUGAAGGCGAAGGAAAGAGCAAGCGAAAAAGAACGAGGGAGAAAGAAGAUAGAAAAAAAUAAUUCGAGGAAAAGAGCGAGGGCGCCGCCAUCCGCCGCUUGGCUUUUCGAUCCUGCUCGUCCUCGGCGCGGCCGGGGAACUGCAGCCCGUGGCUGCUUUUACGGUGUCUGGUGUUGCAAGGCAGAGUUUUGUGUGCAUUUUAAACAUAACCGGACACUAAAACCUGAAACCCGCACCCCAAACCCUUAUUUUACAAAAGCGCCGGUGCACGGCGGCUUCGGCACGGCGGCUUCGGCACGGCGGCUUCGGCACGGCGGCUUCGGCAAGGCGGCUUCGGCACGGCGGCUGCUCCCGCUGCCGCUGCCGCUGCGCCCGCGCGUGGCCGCCAGAAGGAAGGGGCGCGAAUUGCCUAGUAACUAAUGUGGCAGGGGUCCCUCUGCUUGUGGUUGCAGGCAGUGGAUUCUGAUAUUGGAUCUCUAUGUCCCCAGCGAUGUUCACGGUUGCCACAGGCACGCAGACAAAAUUUCUCAAGGGCUCUGGAUUUCUUUCAAGCUAGUAAGGAGCCGGCAGCCUUGCCCGUAGCACGUUUUUUGUUUCUAUUUUAACUCCAUUAUUGUUUGGAUUUUUUUUUCCUGGGCUCUAUUUGUCAUUUCUCUAUAAGCCUGGCUUUUAAUUUUUGCAGUUAGAAGCUGUAUUGCUUCAUCAAUUUUCAGGAUAGCCUUCUGUUAUUAAUUUUAUGCUUCCAUACUGGGAACUGUGCAGAAAUCUUUUUGUAUAUGAAACUCUUUAAAUAAUAGCGUAGAGUUUUUGUUGUUGUUUGUGUGUGUAUUUGUUGUUGUUGAAUUCCACAGCUUUGUACAGCAAUUCAUAAUGAGCAAAGCCUCGGGCAAAAGAGAUGAACCUGGUUUUCACGGCUGUCUCCCAGCUCCACAGAGCACAGUUUUACUUGAAAGUAAUGAUUUUAAAAUUUCUUGAUGAUAUUAAAAUUUUAUAAAAAUGCCUUGUCCUCAAAGGCAACAAUUUACUCAUUUCACAAGAUGAUGUGUUUUUAAAACUGGACCCUUCUGCUUGAUGCAUUUGCCUAAGGUUAAUUUCCUUGUUUUUUUUUUUUGUUUUUUUUUUUUUUUUUUUUUUUUUUUGUUUUUUUUUUUUUUUUCCAUUCUCCUUGAAGAGUUCUAUGUGCAUGUAUAAAAUAAAAAUGCCUUGUCCUCAAAGGUAACAAUUUAUUCAUUUCACAAGAUGAUGUGUUUUUAAAACUGGACCCUUCUUCUUGAUGCAUUUGCCUAAGGUUAAUUUCCUUGUGGUUUUUUUUUUUUUUUUUUUUUUUUGUUUUGUUUUUUUUUCCAUUCUCCUUGAAGAGUUCUAUGUGCAUGUAUAAAAUAAAAAUGCCUUGUCCUCAAAGGUAACAAUUUAUUCAUUUCACAAGAUGAUGUGUUUUUAAAACUGGACCCUUCUGCUUGAUGCAUUUGCCUAAUGUUAAUUUCCUUGUUUUUUUUUUUUCCAUUCUCCUUGAAGAGUUCUAUGUGCAUGUAUAAAAUAAAAAUUAUGCCUUGUCCUCAAA